AAAUGAUUAUUAAUAGAACAUGCGUAGUUUCGAGCUUUAAAUAAAGUGAUGAGGUGUCCUUCUUCGCAGCCAUUUUGAGGAAGUGGAAUGAUUUCUAACCGGUUCAUAACUAGAAUUAAUCCAUUCACGUAGUAAUAUUUCUAAAUGGCAGACGCUAUUAAGGAAAUAACAACUUUUAAAUGCGGACCAUGUCUGUUUGAUGGGGAUACGGUUGAGCCAAAACAUUUCUGUGUGAACUGUCUUGAAUACCUAUGUUCUGCGUGUGCACGAGAACACAGAAGGCACAAGUCAUCACGUGAACAUACAAUACUUGAAGACAAUGAAUUUCCACAGGAUGUUACACUAUUUGAAGAGAUGAAGAAAUUGCCAUACUGUCCGAAACAUCCAAAUGUAGAAAUCGACCAACACUGCCCGAGUCAUGAUGUUUUAUUUUGCUCGCAAUGUCUACAAAAGGACCACGGUCUUUGUGAACGAGUCACAAACCUUGCAUGUUCUCUAGAAGAAAUAUCCGCAACUAAAAACCAAAUGGAACUGCUCAAUGAUCUUCUGACGAAGUCCAAAGCAAAACAAACUGAAUUCUUCAAACAUUUAGAAGAAGCCCGGAUUCAUGUGAAUGCAGUUGAACUAGAAAUCAAUAGCUUUAUUCAGACAUUGAAACAUGUUGUACAGAACAUUGAGAGAACAUUGAAUGAACGGUUUACAAAAGUGACACAACCUUUUAAACAUUCUGAUGAAACCUUGUCGAACAUUGUCAAAAAAGCAUCAUUUUACGAACAUAUGCAAGCGAUAAGGUCGAGGUAUGGUACAGCAAAACAGAAUGUUGCUCUAAACUUCACAUUAUCUGUAUUACUUAAGGAACUGGAAUCAAAUGACGACUCUAUUGAUUCCGUUUUUUCUAAACAAAUUCAAUUUUUAAAAUCCAACAAUUUUGAGGAUCUGAUUAGCGAGUUGAACCAAUACGAUGUUGUUUUGAGAUCUAAGGACGAACGGGCAUCCGACAUUUGCAGUGAUGAAGAAGACACGUAUGAAGAUGCGUUGGACCUUCUUCAAACGAAUAAACGAGAUGAAGCGACGCAAGUGGAACAACUUAUGAUUGCAAAUGAAUUGGGUCCAAAGAGACCUUUGCGCGUUUGGCUGUAAAGCAUGACGAUAUACGAUUGUUGAAGAUUGAAAGCCAGAAGCCUGAACAAAUAAUGUGUUCUAUUGUAGCACUUCACGUUUUAUCUGAUGGAAGAAUUUUAUUAUUGCAACAGGAAAACAUUUUGAAACUACAUUCGCGAACAUUACCAUUAAUCUCAAAAUUCCAGUUUAAACAAAAUGUUAAAGACAUGUGUAUUAUUGAUCAAAACAAAAACGGAUUAUUUACAGUAGCUGUUUGCUUUGACAAAUCACGAACAAUAUCGUUCAUAGGACAUGAUGUCGAAUUUCAGAAGAGGCACACUAUCCACUGCAGUAAAAAUGUCGUAUGUAUAUCAAUGUAUGAUCACCAUUUGGUAGCCCUUGUCGAAGCGAAAGGUUUGAAAUCAUCCUAUGAAAUUCAGCUUCUCGACAAAUCGACUGGUCACGCGUGUUACGCGUAUGAUGAAUUUAAAGGAAUCAAUAAAAAGCACACCUGGAAUGAAAGAGAUGUGGUCAUUGAUAAGCCUACACGAAUAUGUGUAUGCAUAAACACUAAGACAAUUGCAUUAGCUGAUGCAAAUACAGUUUAUAUCUUUAAUAUUGAAGAUGGUAAAUGUAAGCACGAGACAUUGUGUGCAGUAGGCCAAUGCGUGUGGAAAUAUAUUCAAACGGACGAAGACGCAUAUAAUCUUUGCAAUCUUAGAGAUAUUAAAAGUGAUUCACAGGGAAAUGUGUAUGCUCUAAAAAAACACGUUUUUAUCAGAUAGCUAAACCUUACAACAGUUACAAUUUGCGACGUCUUAUUUAUAAUUUCCGAAGCGCAGCAGCAGUGGCCAUAGACGAGUACAGUCAGAGCAUAGUGUUAGGCUAUACGGAUGCAGAUCGUGCGCACGUGUACACAUAUAGCUUUCCUAAAAAAAAAAUGAGGUUUCUUCAAUGUUUUAUACUCGAAACAAAGCCUACACUUUUUGUCUCAUGUUUUACGUAGAUUGUAUUAAGAAAUAACGGUAUUUAUUGUUUGACACAUUGUAGCUGCGUGUCAAGUAAUUGUGAAUGCGCAUGUGUUAAAGUUCAUUCGUAGUAUUGUCUAACAAGGAGACAAUAACACAUGAAGGUAAAUGGAUCGAAUUUGGAAUUUAAAAUGUUAAUCUCUGAAUAUCCCUUUACGUUUCAACUUUUUUUUCUUUAACCCCAUCUUAGAUGAUGUGUGUAUUCAUAGAUAAUCAUACAAUUAUUGUUUGUAUAGCAUGUAUAUCAUUUUGCAAAUUUACUUUGUCAGUGAAUUGACAACCGCCUUACGAGAUGAAUCAGUAUAUCAGCUAUCAGUAUACAAUCAUUUUUGUAUCUGAUCUUAUAUUUUGCCACAUUUACUUAUCCGGUAAAGCAAAUAACCCACACAUAUGUACAUUCACACAUAUUUAUCUUCAAUUUCAUGCAUGUGUCAAAUAUAGAUAUUGUAUCGAACGUUUUAUGGACAGUGUGCAUUGCAGUUUUGCAGAAAUACAUAGAUGUAUCUCUACUGGCAUUGUGUACAUAUCGUAAUCUUUGGUAUUUGUAAGAAAAUAUUGAAAUAAAAAAUAAACGCCAUGUACAUGAAAUCGUGUAUUCACAUAUGUAAAUGUAUGUCUGCUAUAAUUGUGCAUAUGGUGUAAAUCUUGAAAAAAAUGUUAGAAAGUUCAUUAUAUGUAUAUUGAAGUUCAUUGUAUGUAUAUUUUAUGUGACUCCAUUCACUCUGUUCAUAUAGCAUAAUCUAACGACAUUCGACUGCACAGAUUAAACCAUUCAUUCCUCUU